AUGGUCCCCAAGCCUCCAGACUCUACCUUGUCGUCAACCCCACAACCCCAGUUUAGAGUCUACAAACGACGUUUUUGGGGUUUGGCACAGCUGGUUCUACUCAACAUCGUCGUCAGUUGGGAUUGGUUAACCUUCUCUUCCAUCUCCACCACUACCGCCGAAUACUUCCAAGUCUCUGAGAGCGCCAUCAAUUGGCUAAGUACUGGCUAUCUCUUUGCCUUUUGUGUCGCAAGCCCGUUCGUCAUUUGGGUCUUGAACAAAGGCGGCCCCAAACCAGCCAUAAUUACAACGGCCUCGCUCUUACUCGUCGGAAACUGGCUGCGCUAUGCAGGUACCAAGGCGAAUGGAGGCAUCUUUGGCCUGACCAUGUUUGCCCAGAUCCUGAUUGGCCUGGCGCAACCCUUCUGCUUAUGCGCGCCCACUCGAUACAGCGAUCUAUGGUUUUCGGAUAAAGGUCGCACGAGCGCAACUGCUGUCGCCAGUCUAGCCAACCCUCUAGGCGCGGCAAUUGGACAAUUGGUCGGUUCGGAAUGGGCAACCAAGCCAUCCGAUAUCCCCAAUAUGGUCCUGUACAUCUCGAUUAUUUCGAGUGUUGCUGCGAUCCCAUCCUUCUUCAUCCCUGCGGCACCUCCGACUCCCCCCAGCGCAUCAUCCGCCAUCCCGCGAACCCCAUUGCGACUCGCGACUCGCCAACUCCUCGGAACGCUAGAAUUCUGGUUAAUUCUAGUUCCAUUCGCCGUCUACGUGGGUUUCUUCAAUAGUGUCUCAUCACUAUUAAACCAAAUCCUUAGCCCAUACGGCGCAUCGGAGACAGACGCAGGUAUCGCAGGCGCCAUCCUAAUCGUAGUCGGUCUCGUCACCGCAGCCAUCAUGUCGCCCAUCACAGACAAAUACAAGCAUUAUCUGGGCUCAAUCCGAGUGCUAGUUCCCAUCGUGGUAGCCUCCUACAUCGGACUGAUCUUCGCACCAUCCAGUUCGGCCGGAAUUGGACCCUCGUACGUCGUUAUGGCGUUGAUGGGCGCUUCAUCGUUCGCACUACUUCCCAUUGUGCUGGAGUAUUUGGUUGAGAUUACGUACCCAUUCUCACCCGAGAUUGGAUCGACCAUUUGCUGGACAGGUGGGCAGUUACUCGGUGCAUGCUUUAUUCUCAUCCAAGAUGCGCUCAAGGCGAGUGGAGAUGCGGAUCCGCCGUUCAAUAUGCGCAAUGCGUUGAUCUUUGCUGCUGUUGUUUGUGCGGUUGCUGCUCCGUUCCCGCUUUCCCUUGGUCUCUUUGGUCGUGUCGUAACUCGUCGUCGUCUGGAGAUUGAUCGUGGGGUUGAGUUGUCGGCUGCAGAUGUUGGGUUACAGAUUAACUCCAAUGAUGGUCCCGAGGAGGAGUUGGCUCCGGAUAAGGCUUCGGCGGCCUAUCGAGAAUCCGGGUUGAAGAGUGUCUGA